AUGUUACUGAAGCAAUUGACGUAUUCCUUUGUAGAUUGUUCGACAAGUAUGCUGGGACAGAAAGAAAGCCAGAAAGAGCAAUAUAACUGCAAUGGCGCGAAAUAUGAGAACGACAAUCUCGAAGAUUUUGUAAAAUACUGUGCUCCAGAACCCUGGCAAAAUUUUUUUUGGAACGAUAAAGUUAUGCAAGCUAUCAAAUCAGCAAAUAUAAUAAGACAAGCAAAUCAAGAGAUUGAAGGAACAUUCAUAAAGUAUCACAUCGAGCCACCAAUGCAACUCAUGUUUGAGGCCUUCAAUAGGGUCCGUCCGGAGAACGUCAAAGUGGUUAUUUUGGGUCAGGAUCCGACUCCACAAGAGGGCAAAGCUACAGGCAGGGCAUUUAGUGUUGAAAAUCCGCGCACCGUUGGAUCAGCAAUGAACGUCUUGCUAGAGGUCGCCUUAGAGGGGUGGAGCGUAAAUCUGAAUAACGGCGAUCUAAGUAACUGGGAGAAUCAAGGUGUUCUGCUCCUGAAUUCGGCACUGACGAUUGGACUAAUUACAUAUCAAGAUCCAAAGGGAAAAAUUAAAACACAACAGGUAUCUCAUUUAGGUUAUUGGUGUCCAUUUACAAAAUUGCUCAUAGAAUACAUUAGCGACCACCUUCCCGAACCAACUGUUUGGAUUCUCUGGGGAAAAGUUGCCCAAGAUUUCACUGUUCGCAGAAAGUUUGACUCAUUCAUUGAAUGUUUUAAUCCCAGUCGGGCCAGUAAGACUGACAUAACACUCGUACCAAGCAUUAUCAGUAGACCCAAGAACUACGUCCUCAUGGGAGGCCACCCCUCAGCCUUGGGUGGUGCUGGCGGAAUGAAUACAUUCUUUGCUGGCAAUUACUUUUAUUGCGCCAACGAAUUUCUUUCUAAAAAGAGGCUUGGCGUCAUCAUAGAUUGGGGAUUGGUCACUGGUAAAAGUAAGCAAUAUGAAGUAGGUAGCAUUUUAAAUCCAUGUCCACAAUUUCAUUAA